UGACUGGAAACCAAGAAGCAUUAAUAUGAAAAUGCUUUCAUUUAACUUCUUUUAAACAACAUUUUUGUGUCAAAGUAAUGGAGGACACAGAUGGAGAUGUAGCUGUUAUCGGAAUAGGAUGUAAUUUCCCAGGAGGUGAAGGGCUGGAUAAUUUCUGGAAGGUCUUAAAGGAGGGAAGGAACUGUGUGGUGGAUAUUCCAGCUGAUAGGUUCGAUGGGACCUUCUGGCAGGACUCGGACGUCAACAAGCCUGGAAAGAGCCAAACAGCAAAAGCAGCUCUUAUAGAGGGGUUUAACGAGUUUGAUGCCAGAUUUUUUGGGAUCCCUGAAGUAGAAGCAGACAACAUGGAUCCUCAACAGAAGCUUCUCCUGCAGUGCACAUUCAGGGCCUUAGAGGAUGCAGGGUUAUCGAUGGAGAGCAUCAGUGGAAGCAGAACUGGCGUUUACAUUGGUUUGAUGAACAGAGACUAUGAGAUGAUCAGAAAUAACAAUCCAGCGACGAUAAGCCACUACAAUGCCACGGGGACAUCCAUGAGUGUUGCAGCAAACAGGAUUUCCUUCAUCUUUAACCUCACCGGCCCUUCCCUGGCUAUUGAUAGUGCCUGUUCCUCCUCACUGGUGGCUUUGCAUGUAGCCUGUCAGGCCAUAAAGCAAGGAGACUGUGAGAUGGCCCUCUGUGGGGGAGUCAACUGUAUAAUAGAGCCCAGAGUGUUUGUUGCUCUCAGCAAAGCAAGGAUGAUCUCACCUGAGGGAACCAGUAAACCUUUCUCCAUCAGAGCAGACGGCUAUGGAAGAGGAGAAGGCUGUGGUGUUGUGCUCCUAAAGCCUCUAAAAAAGGCCUUAAAAGAAAACAACAAAAUAUGGGGUGUGAUCUUAAAGACUGCAGUUAACCAAGACGGACAUUCAGUGACUCCUAUCACCAAACCCUCAGUGACACAACAAGAGGAGUUGCUCAGAACAAUAUACUCUGACAGUGACAUAAAAAAUGUCCAAUACAUCGAAGCUCAUGGGACUGGGACUCCAGUUGGUGACCCAACAGAGGCAGAAAGCCUCUCAAAUGUUAUUGCCCAAACCAGACCUCCAGGCGCUGAGAUGCUGCGGAUAGGCUCGGUGAAGGGCAACAUAGGACACACUGAGUCUGCAGCUGGGAUCGCUGGAUUGAUCAAGGUACUCCUAAUGAUGAAGCACCAAACUAUUGUUCCCUCAGUUUUCUACUCUGGUGACAGUUCAAGUGUAGAUACAAAAACUCUUAAGUUAAAAAUUCCAAAGGAAAUAGAAAGAUGGGAUGCAAAUCAACCAUCGGGAAGGGUAGCUGGGGUCAACAGUUUUGGGUUUGGGGGAACAAAUGCACAUGUCAUCUUAAGAGAUGAUAAUCAUCAAGUAGUUCCCACAAAGGCUUGGCAGAAACUCUUUGUUUUGUCAGCUGCUUCUGAGAAAUCACUGAUACUGACCACAAUUGACACCUACCAAAGACUGUGCAGUAGUCCUAUGCUUGACUUCCAUGCAAUUUCGUACACCUCAGCAUGUGGGAGGAGUCACUUCAAACACAAAUAUCGAAAAGCCUUUUUAACAUCUUCCCCCUCAAAUUUACAACAACAGCUAAAAUCUGCACAAAAAACAGAGGUACAAUCGGUACAGUCUAACCUCCAGGUGGUCUUUGUAUUUUGUGGAAAUGGGGUUUGUUACAAAGGUAUGUGCAGGCAGCUCAUGGAGCAAGUUCCUGCUUUCAAAGAGAAGAUCAAAGAAGUUGAAUUUGCCUUUCAGAAACACACUCCCAUCAGAAUCAGCGAAUUGCUUGAGUGUGAAUUUCAGGAUAUUGAUAUUAGUCAGCCUAGUAUUAUCCAGCCUAUUCUUUUUGCAAUUCAAGUUGGGAUUGCGACUCUGCUGAAGCACUGGGGUAUUAAACCCAAGGCCAUGCUUGGCCACUCUGUUGGAGAGGUCGCUGCAGCUCACUGUUCAGGUCUUUUGUCUCUUGACGAUGCAGUGAAAGUGUUGCACCAUCGCAGUACUUUUCAGAGUUCUGUCACAGGAGGAAAAAUGCUUGUUGUCAGCAAUAUAGCUGUAGAAAGGAUCUUAGAAAUGAUACCAGACUUUGUUGGAAAGAUCUGUGUUGCUGCUUUCAACAGCCCUCAGUCAUGCACUUUGUCAGGAGAUGCAGAUUCAGUUGAUGACCUCCAUGAGAGGCUGAGGUUCAAAUUUGCAGAUAAAAAUGUGUUCCUUCACAUCUUGGAUGUCCCUGCUGCUUACCAUAGCCAUAUGAUGGAACCAGUUCUAGACAAUAUUGAAAGGAGCAUAGGUCUUUUGAAUACUGGAAGCAUGGACUGUCAAUUAUUUUCCACAGUUUCUGGAGAGAGAUUUUCAAAUGGUGAUUUCAGUUCUGGUGCCUACUGGGCAAAGAACAUUAGGGAGCCUGUUUUAUUCAAGAAAACUCUUUUGUCUGUCCUAAAGGAGAAACAGGCUAAAGAAAAUGUGGUCUUUGUUGAAGUAGGUCCUCGAAUAGCUCUCCAGAGGUACAUAUAUGAAACUCUUGGAGAUGAAACAAAGGUUCUCCCCUCUGUCCACCGAAAGAAAGACUGUGAGUCUAUCUCCUCGACUCUGACGCAACUGUUUGAACUUGGCAUUAACAUACUCUGGGAGGAGGUCUUUAGGGGUUGCGAGACAAUACCUAGUACUGUACCAGUCUACCAGUUUGACAACACAAAGAGCGAAGUGAAUUUUGAAGUCUUGAGAGGAGGUAAUGAACACUCUUCUUUUUUUUGCAAUGGAUUUGAGUUCCAAAUAAAGCAGGACAACAAAGAAUUCUCAUAUGAACUUUCUUUGAAGACUGUGCCCUAUCUUUGGGAGCACAAAAACAACAACGUUGCAGUUGUCCCAGGGGCAUUUUAUGUUGACUUAGCCUAUGCCUUGGUGAUAGCAAACCUGAAGCCAAAGAAGCCUGUCUCACUGCUCAAUCUAGGUAUAAAAUUUGAGAGUGUUCUUACUCUAAACUCAAAUUCCAGGAAGCUGACGAUGAUGCUUGAGCAAUCAGAAACAGAGGCCAUGUUUAAAAUACAGUCGUCGGUUGCUACACACGCCUCUGGCACAUGCAGGUACAACAAUCAAACACCAAUUUUAGAGGAAGAAACCAUUUGUCUUGAUGUGAUUCACCAAAGGUGCCAAUUGGUUCUGACACGACAGGAAAUAUAUUCAGUUCUCUAUCAAGCUGGAUUUGAAUAUGGGCCACUUUUUAAGCAUUUGGAUGAUGUUUGUUUUGGGAAGAAAUACAAGGAAGCUGUGACUACUUUUCAGGUUCCUGGUGAACUUUGGACAAGUCUCCAUGAUCAUUACAUUCACCCUGUGCUGCUGGAUUAUUUUAUCCAAAUGGCUGCAGUGGUAGCAAUGGGACAACAUGGAGCCAAGAAGGGAUUUCCAUCACAAAUCGCAAGUGUUGCUAUAUCAGAACCCCUGCAGGAGACAAUGACCAUGUACCUUUGUAUAGCCCAACAAACUGAAGAUUUCCUUGAGGUUUGUGGAUGCUUUGCAACCACAGAGGGGAAGGUUUUAGUAGAAUUUAAGGGUGUAAGAAUUACAUUUUUGUCCCCUCAUCCAGAAGUCUCUCAGUCAUUGUUUUUUCACAAUGAAACAGAUAAAUUGGCAAAACAGGUAGAUGUUGAAGGCUUUGGAAUAAAAGCAAUUAUUUUUGAAGAUCAACUUGGCAUUGGUAAAGGACUAAAACCUUACAUAAGCCCUGAUUCAGUGUUUGUAGGGAUCAGAAAGACGUUAAGACCUUUUGAAGUUAAAAACCUUGUGUUUCAAUCACUGAAUAGCGAUUUCCAUUUGAACACAGUUCUCUUCAUUUGGGGUGUGGAGAACCUUACUCAUUUGUCCUCCGAAAAGAUCCUGGAGAGAUUUGUGACUUGUUGUGAGGUAUUUCGUCAGAUUGUUUUGGCUGUCAAAGAGAGCAAACGUUUGUGUACCCUCAAGGUCAUCACAUACAGAGCCACAGAAAUGACAGUAGACCAUGUUAGUCCUGGUUUUGUCCUCUCUGGCAUAAUGAGGUCCUGCUCAGCUGAGAUUGCAGAUAUUCAUUUCCAGCAUAUUGAUCUGGCUUCAGGGACAGAGGAAGACAUCCAAACCCUGGUUCAUGUAAUUAAAGCUAACCAUCAACACGAAAUAAGGAUCAGCAAAGGGCAGGCAUCAACAACGAGAAUAGUUCAAACUCCUGUUAAAGACUGUGACUUAUGUGUAGAGCCAAUAAAAGCCAGCCAGCUUAGAGACUUUGUCCUACAGACUACUGAUCCAUAUCGAACAACCAAUUUGUAUCCAAUAUCUACCAUUAACACCGAUAGAAAUCCUGUCCCGGAAAGUUCAGUAAAAAUUCAAGUAAAUAAUGUCUGUGUGCACACCUCAGACUACUUUCCAGUCAGUACUUCCCAUUUCAAAUUUGGCAGAACAUUCUACUGGAACAAAUAUGUGGCACAGAAUCAUGACCUCCUGGCUUUAGAUUUUAGUGGUAUUGUCUCAACCGUUGGUAGAGACGUAAAAACACUAAGAGUGGGAGACCAUAUUGCUUCAUGUUAUCCAGUUCCUGCAGCAUCAGAGAUCUUGAUUCCCGAAGCAGUGUGCUACAGUACAAAAGCUCUGCCCUUCUUCCGAGAAACACCAUGCGUAUCCUAUUUCAUCCUGGCAUGGGAAAUCCUGCAGAGGCUGCUGUGUGAAGUUAGGAGAAGGCAGAAAAAGUUGGCAAUAAUCUCCUCUGAUUCAGCCGCUGUCCUAAUACAAGUUCUUGCCGUUACAGCAAACAGGUCAGGCUGGGCCGUUUCCUGUCAAGCUAAUAUCUCUAAGGAAUUGAUUCAUUUUGAUGCUUUGCUUUUUCUUCCUCCAUUUGAUCAAUCAAUUGAAAGAAUAUUCGACAUUGGUGACCCUGUAAAGCAUGUAAUUUUUGUCUUUAGCAGUCACAUGUCACCCUCCACAAACAAUGUUACAUUUAAGGAUAAAAACAUUCAUGUGCACCAUCUUGAUGUGGCUUAUGUUCUCCAGAAAGCUAAUCUACAAGCACAAACCAGAAAUGUCUCCAAGUGGCUUCAGUCGCUAGGCCUUGAUGCAGAUUGUCUUCGUUAUAGAAAGGAGCUAUUUCAUGAAAAAGAGGCUAAAACUGAGUCCUCUUUCACAACAGCAACAGUACAGAAUAUCAUUAUCAACAAAGAACGAUUCAAGGGGCUGAUAUGUAGUCAAAGCUCUUUGCCUAUGAAACCUGCACUUUUUAAAAAGGGAUGUGUUUACAUUGUAACUGGAGGUUUGUCUGGUUUGGGCUUUGAGACGGUUAAGUUCAUCGCACAAAAUGGUGGAGGCUGCAUUGCAAUACUGUCAAGAGGUGUUCCGUCAGAUGAAAUUCGCUUUCAGUUAGAUCUUCUCCAGAAAAUAAACGGGGUCACUGUCCUUAACAUCCAGUGUGAUGUCUCUGUGUCAAUGCAGGUGGUGGAUGCCAUCAGCAAAAUUGGAAAAAGAUUUCCAUCUAAUCCAAUUAAAGGAGUGUUUCAUAGUGCUGCAGUCCUGCAUGAUGCACUCAUUGAAUCUCUUGAUGAGUCUCUUUUCAGAAAAGUGCUAAAACCCAAAGUUUGUGGUGCUCUGAAUCUCCACUUUGCAACAUUCCACAACAAGUUAGACUUCUUUGUUUGCUACUCCUCCAUCUCAUCCUUCAUAGGAAAUGCCUCACAGUGUAACUAUGCAGCAGCCAAUUCCUUUCUUGAUACAUUCUGUCAUUACCGGAGAAACCUUGGGCUCGCUGGACAGUCCAUCAACUGGGGUCCUUUAAACCUUGGUCUGCUACUUCACAAAGACCACUUUCAGAAGUUCUUGGAGGCCAAGGGGAUGAUGACGAUGGCUGUGCAUGAAGUUCACGAGACACUUAAAAAGUGUCUGUUAAUUAACAGGCCACAGCAAGUAAUUUGCAAAUUCAACUUCAAGAACCUCAGCUCACAUGUCCUUUCACAAAAUCCGUCUCUCAGAGAGCGAAUGGGAGCUUUAGUGGAAACAGCACUGACAGAUGAAAUCCUUGAAAGACCUAAUAAAGUUCAGCGAUCAUUUACAACUUAUGACACAGUAAGGAUAAUAGUCAGUGAAAUGCUGAAUUUAAAUGUUGGCAAAGUGGAAGAUGACUCCUCUCUUUCAGCACUGGGCAUUGAUUCAAUGUUAGCAAUGACUUUGCAGAAUAAAAUCUACCAGGAGACAGAAAUAAAUGUACCUUUGAUUACAAUCCUAGACCCCAACACCACACUUGACACUUUAGUCAGUUUUGUACAAAACCACAUUUAAUUUAUUACCUGUGCCUUCUUGUCAUCUGCGAAAAGAUGAAAACAACUGAAAUGCUGUUCAAGUUUCACUGCAGAGCCUUUCUAAAACAAUUACAGUGUUUCACCAUAAUCCCUGUUUCAGCGGUCAGGAUUGGUAAAAAUGACCUCUGUUGAUUGUGGAAUUCCUGACUUUCAGUGAAAAUAGUUAGAGGCUUCUUUAGCUUUUUCAACAGCUCAAAUGCUAGCUCAUGAACAAAAAGGGAUCAAGCAGAUCUGCAUUACAAAUUUCAUUAUUUGCUGUCCUAUAUUCUGGGACUUAUUUGAUUUUUACAGACUUUGAAGUUUUUCUAUAAAACAUAUUGAAAUAAAGUGUGACAUUUCGUUGAAUCUACAAGUAUGUUGUUUUUUUAAAAUUGAUUUUGCUAGAUGAGUUGAGGAAUGUACAAAUAAGACUGCAAUUGAGCAAACCAAAAGCACUUCUUUCCUCUAAUGAGAUUUAAAAUAUAAAUAUUCCAGCUGUAGAAAAUAGUGAAAAGCAUAUGACAGUCAGAUCAUGUUUGUUAAUAAAGCUAGCUACUGUGCCAAUGGUAGCUCUUGCAUAAAGUUUUACUUAAAUCUUUUUUUCUUUCUUGCCGUAUUUAUUUGUAUUUAUUUCAAGUGAGAAGGUUUUCCAUAUCACAUUUCUAGGUGAUUCAAGAUUUUGGUGGUAAGGUAAACAUUAUGGACAUAUAUUUCAGGUUGAUUUGAAUAAUCUUACUACGUUUGUUACACUGAUAUUGCUCUUGUUUAGUUAAGUAGAUGUGUUGCUUAUUUCUGUCUUAAACAAGGACUUUGCUCAACAGUAGCAGAUCACCUGUUAUCGUCAUUAUGUAGUAAUACCAUGUUGUGGGGUUUGGGAUGAUUUAUUAUUUUCUUUCUCAUUUUUUUUUUCUUUUUUAUACAAGAAUCACCCAAGAGAAAUAACCCAAUUAUUGAACUAUGUCUACUUUCUUUUUGUUUCCUGUUUAUUUUAUAAUGUAAAAUGUAAAUAAAAUCAUUGCAAAAUUCAGUUGUUGUGAUAAAAAAUGUGCGUUUCUUUUCACGUGUUUCUUUAAUAUUUGAGACUAAAGAAGACACGACAGUAGUGGAAACGACAAAUGAUGAAUGAAACUUUCUGA